GGCCGGGAGGCGGCGCGGAGGUCGCGUACCGAUGCGGGGAUCCAGCGACGCGGCGGUGGAAGGCGGCGGCGCGCAUGCGACCCGCAGGCGCUGGCGAACUGCCCGCCCGCCCGCCACGCGGGUGAAAGAUGCAUCAUGGAGCGCGCCCGCGCCGUGGACGCCGUGGAGACGGUGGAGACCGUGGGGACCGUGGACCCGCGUUCCUGAGGCUGCCGCUGACCCCUCGGAAACCCCCGGCCGUGACCCUGUGGCUGCAGUUGGUGCUGUGUCUCGGCCCUGCGCAGCUCACAGGCGGGCUCGAUGACCUGCAUGUGUGUGCUGACCCUGGUGUCCCGGAGAAUGGCUUGCGGUCCCCCAGUGAAGGGGUCUUUUUCGAGAGCUCUGUGAUCCGGUUUCACUGCCAGGAUGGCUUCAAGCUGAAGGGCUCCACAAAAAGACUGUGUAUGAAGCAACUCAAUGGGACACUGGCCUGGGUCCCGGGGGACCAGCCUGUCUGCAUGCAGGAAGAUUGCCACAUCCCUCAAGUUGAAGAUGCUGAGAUUCAUAACAAGACGUACAGACACGGAGACAAGCUGGUCAUCACCUGUCACGAGGGAUUCAGGAUCCGCUACCCCGACCUGUACAGCGUGGCUUCACUGUGCCGCGAGGACGGCACGUGGGACAACCUCCCCAUCUGUCAAGGCUGCCUCAGGCCCCUGGCCUCCUCCAACGGCUAUGUGAACAUCUCCGAGUCCCAGAGCGCCUUCCCCGUGGGGACUGUGGUCGCCUACCGCUGCUUCCCAGGGUUCAAGCUCGAGGGCGCGGAGUACCUGGAGUGCUUGCCCAGCCUGAUCUGGUCAUCCAGCCCACCCCGGUGCCUGGCUCUGGAAGUCUGCCCUCUACCUCCCCUGGUGAGCCACGGCGACUUCAUCUGCCACCCACGGCCUUGUGAGCGCUACAACCACGGCACGGUGGUGGAGUUCUACUGCGACCCCGGCUACAGCCUCACCAGCGACUACAAGUACAUCACCUGCCAGUACGGGGAGUGGUUCCCUUCCUACCAGGUGUACUGCAUCAAGGCAGAGCACACACGGCCCCCCACGCGUGAGACCCUCCUGGCCACUUGGAAGCUUGUGGCGCUCACGGCGACCAGCGUGCUGCUGGCGUUGCUGGUGGUCAUCCUGGCCAGGACGUUCCAGACGAAGUUCAAGGCCCACUUCCUACCCAGGGGACCCCCCAGGAGCUCCAGCAGUGACCCCGACUUCGUGGUGGUAGAUGGUGUCCCUGUCCUGCUGCCGUCCUAUGAUGAGGCUGUGAGUGGUGGUGCCAGUGCCUUAGGCCCUGGGUUCCUGGCUGCUGUGGGCCCAGGAUGCCCUAUGCCCCUGGAUGACCAGAGCCCCCCUGCCUACCCCGGGGACGAGGAUGCAGGCGCAGGGGACUCAUCAGAGACCUGCGACAGCACCUCGGGCUCCUCUGAGCUGCUCCAGAGUCUGUACCCGCCUCCCCCGAGCCAGGCACACCCCUGCCCCGCCCCUGAGGACCCUGCACCAGCGACUGGCACUGGGGAAGCGGUGUCCAGCAGCCCAGGCAUCGACAUCGCUGAUGAGAUCCCUCUGAUGGAAGACGGUCCCUAGGGCGGAGACCCCAUUGACGCCGCUGCCCCUCGGAGAAGAGACCUGGAUCGGCAGAGCCAGGCCGCAGGCGGACGGUUCCCGGGCGUGGGCUCUGCCUAAUCCAUCUACAUGAGCUACGAUUCCCACGGUCCACUGGACUCACUGCCCGGCCUGUGCUAUGAGCGUGGAGGAGGUGCCACGACCCGCGGAGAACAGGACCAGGUUCAGAGUUGUCGAGGACGUUGUGAGGCGUGUCCAUUCCGCGCACCCUCAUCCUGCCGCACAUCCCGCCAACCAGAGACCCUGCUCUUAAGCAUGUCCGCUCACAUGGUGUAAAUUUGCCGUUCACAUCCGCCUGGCUGCCCCGGGAGGCUCGGCCCCUGGAGAGCAGGCGUUGUGGCCCCGUCAGGGCCCAGGGCAUCUUCCUCCCUCCCUGUUGGCUCUGCUUGGUGCAGUGCGGGGCAUGGUGAGGAAGGCAGGCAGCGGGGCCGUACCCGUGCCCUCCCAGGCUUGUUCCCGUGUGGCCCGGUCCACAGCCCUGAGACUGUCACACAGCCAGGCCAUUGCAGAUGCCCCUCGCGCCGGAGCUGGGACCCAAGUGCUGUGCGGUCCUACUCCCUGACAGCAGGCCUGAGCUGGGAGCUCCUUUCAGGGCUUUAUCCUUGGCCCGCACUCCAAGACUUAACCAUGCUUUAUUUUCCAAAACAGAAAUUGUUUCUGAAACAUAUUCUGCCUCCAAAGAAAGUGUGAAGCUGAGUUAGUUCUUUCUCCUCCUCUCCUCUGACCCCUCCUGCUUCCAGCCUCUGCGGCCUCUCCUGCUGUCACCUGCCACUAAGAGGCCCAGCGCCCCCAGGGUGAGGUAAAGGCCCAGUCUGAGCCAGGGAGUGCCCUCUGCCAGCGUUGCCCACGGAUUUGAUUCCUUCCCUCCCCUGGGUUUUAGACAAGUAAACGAUCUCCCGAUCUGUAACAUCGCCGAGCUGGUCAUGCAGCGAGCCCA